AUGGUUAUCAAACAAGUCUGUAAGCUCACGACACGAUACGUGGGAGAUGUCGUCAGUACUGUAGGUUUAGGGAUAGUCGGAUCCCUCGGUACACCCUCCCUUCAGAUCCGCUUAUCUCCCCAAUGGAACGAGAAAACAUGUAUGGGCUACGAAGUCUCCCAUUCUUUAGGACAGAUUUCACGAUUCCCCGAGAGGUUAUACGGACCCCUUGAGCUUUCUCCAUCAGGACAACCUCCCCAUAUUCCCCUUUCGUCCUCUCGAAGUCCAUUCUGUAAUUCCACUCCCCCACGAUCAACCGCUCGUUCCACCCUCCCAAAUGUAGAUCCACCCGAUACGUUCAGCGCAACAACCUCAAAUGGGACAGGGGUCUCACUUUCUCCGUUGAGAACUUCUCACACCUCCUCCGAGAUAAUGAGCAAAGAAAGCCGCACUUCUCAAGACGUAUCCGUCAAAGAUUCUAGCACUUCACCAAAAGCAACACAUCGAGAUUCUCCCAUAUUACAAGAAUUGACCAUUGAAGAACUCCGGUCCUUCGGAGCAAUAUGGGACGUAUUCCAUGUCUCUACCCCAACUCCUCUUCCUUUUCCCGUCAUAGCCAAAGUCAUGGUGCCUUCUGCUUUUCCCCAAUACCUCGAUCCUACGAUAUACUACGGAAGAAGUAGGACCGUUUUCGAUCGACAAACAGCUCGACGACAAGUGGCCAGGGAGAUCGAGAUUUUGGAAUUGUUCAGUGAGGUGAUACCUCCUAUAGCUCCCCGAAUGUUGGGUCUGUUUGGAGGACAGGAGGAAGGUUUGGAUGGGAAAGAAGGAGACGAAGUUUGGGUGAUGAUUAUGGAAGAUGUUGGAGUGGAGGCUAGACAAACUGGUUUGAACAAGAAAGAUAAACUCUCAAUUAUCGAGCUCUACACCCGUCUUCAUACCCUAGGUAUCCUCCAUGGAGAUUCAACCGACCGACAUUGGCUCCGACAUGACAAACUCGGAUCAAAGGGAGUAAUCAAAUUGAUAGAUUUCGAUCGUGCUAUCCUCCGCAACGAGGUGUCCUUGGACGUUUGGGAGAAGAAAAGUAAAAGGGAAAUGGCUAUGGUGAAGUUUUUAUUAGGUAUGGGACCUUUUUAUGAUGAUGUCCCUAUGCCUAAGUCAAAGAAGAAAUGA